AACCCUUUACAAUGAAGAUCUGUGAAAUUAUUUGGAUUUUUACAAAUGAUCUUUGAAAGACAGGGUCCUGAAAAAGGGACGUUUAUUUUGUUGCUGAGUUUAUUAUGUUCUCUUCCUCCGACUUUUAGCUUAGAACAUUUUUUGGGGUGGCAGAUUUUUGUCUCGCUUAAGGCGGCAGAAAGUCGAACACUGGCCCUGGUGGUCACGAUACAACCUGGCCACACACAGACUCUAGAUCAGUUUAGAUUAAUUUAUUUUACAGGAGCUGUAGUUCAUAAACUGACCCAGCGAGUUGCAGUGAACUGCGCAUCUGCUAUCAGAAACCAAAAGCGUUUAAAGCAACCGGACUGCAGUUGUGGCAAUUGUAUUUUGUUUUCGUCUCGUGCUGUUUGUUGCCUGUUGCAGCUGCAAGUGAAAGACGGUCAUGUAACUGGAUGCCGGUGUUUUAAGUGAUCCAGUGACAGCCCUCCGAAAGCAACACCAGACUGCCUGGAAGUGUGAGGAAAGCCCAGCAACACCAGACUGCCUGGAAGUGUGAGGAAAGCCCAGCAACACCAGACUGCCUGGAAGUGUGAGGAAAGCCCAGCAACACCAGACUGCCUGGAAGUGUGAGGAAAGCCCAGCAACACGUAGCCAUGUUGGAGGAGGACAUGGAAGUGGCCAUCAAGGUGGUGGUGGUGGGCAACGGUGCGGUGGGGAAGUCCAGCAUGAUCCAGCGCUACUGCAAGGGCAUCUUCACCAAGGACUACAAGAAGACCAUCGGUGUGGACUUCCUGGAGAGACAGCUACUAGUGAAUGAUGAAGAUGUGAGAUUGAUGUUGUGGGACACGGCAGGGCAGGAAGAGUUUGACGCCAUCACCAAGGCCUACUACCGCGGUGCCCAGGCGUGUGUACUGGUCUUCUCCACCACCGACAGGGAAUCGUUUGAGGCCAUCGGCAGCUGGUGGGAGAAGGUGGAGAUAGAGGUGGGAGACAUCCCCACUGUCCUGGUGCAGAACAAGAUUGACCUUCUGGAUGAUACAGUGAUCAAAAAUGAGGAGGCAGAAGGUCUGGCCAAGAAGCUCAAGUUAAGGUUUUACCGAACCUCCGUAAAGGAGGACCUCAAUGUCAAUGAAGUUUUUAAAUACCUAGCAGAUAAGUAUCUGCAGCGACUGAAGCGACAAACAGCAGAAGAGCCUGAGGUAGUCCAUACAACUAGCAAUAAAAUUGGAGUUUUCAACACCACAAGUAGUAACUUAUCUAGUCAGAACUCCAGCAACGGCCGAGAAGUCAUCAGCUUGCGACCCAACAAACAGAGGACAAAGAAAAGCAAAAACCCCUUUGGUAGCUGCAGCCUUCUUUAGAAUCAAUGCAUUCCCUACAAUAAUAUACGAUUUCACUGCCGUGUGAGUGUAAGAGUCUAUACAUUUAUAUUUGAGCAUAACCUAGGUGUAGGUCUUAGUUUGACCCCUCUUUUGUUGCUGAGAAUUUCCCUGCAAAUGACCUUCAUGAUGGACAUAAAUUCACAAGAAAUCUGCACGUAUAACAUAUUAACAGUAUUGCACUUCAUGUAGCCUAAUUUUGGCCAGCAAAUAGUCUAAACCACAGAACAAGCAACACUAAACGUUCAAAUCCUGUUGCUGCAGGAUUAUUUUUGCUCUGACAAUAUUGGUCAAAUGAAGAUCCGACAUCUGUAAAUCUAAUAUGCACCUGAGUAUUGUGAAUACCAUGCCUUUGAGCAUCUUUACAGAUCAAGUGCAGCCUUUGUUUCUCAUGGAUAGAUGUAUGAAAUAUAAAGCGACAGUAACAAUAGUCGUCCUGUUGGCUGUAAUGGGUACUACAAUCCAACACAGACUAUGUUGUAGCAUGAAUGUAAUGCUUGAAGCAGAUCUUUUGAGAAAUAGUAGUUGGGCAUGACAGGGUUCUCCCAUUUACACCCUUCAACAUGGUGCAGGGAAGGGUUACAUUCUAGUUCACUAACAAGGUGUAUUUGUAUGUUCAUAUUGUUAUUUUUUAUAGAUUGCCAUUUGUGCACUUGAAUCUGUUUGUAUUGUAAGAAAUAUACAGAUUACUUUCUACCAUAUUUGUUCUAAAAUAUUAAUGGAAUAUGGUUCAAUAUGCUGAGUGUACAAAACAUUAGGAACACCUUCCUAAUAUUAAGUUUCUCCCCCUUUUGCCCUCAGAAAGUGGUUAAGUUGUCGGGGCAUGUACUAUACAAGGUGUCCAGAGCAUUCCACAGGGAUUCUGGCCCAUGUUGACUCCAGUGUUUCCCACAGUUGUGUCAAGUUGCCUGAAUGUCCUUUGGAUGUUGGACCAUUCUUGAUUAAACACAGGAAACUGUUGAGCAUGAAAAACAUAGCAGCAUUGCAGUUCUUGACACACUCAAACCGGUGCCCUAUCAAAGGCACUUAAAUAUUUUUGUGUCUUGCCCAUUCACCUUCUGGAUGGCACACAUACACAAUCCAUGUCUCAAGGCUUUAAAAAUCCUCCUGUCUCCUCCCCUUCAUCUACACUGAUUUGAAGUGGAUUUAACAAGUGGCAUCAAUAAAGGAUCAUAGCUUUCACCUGGUCAGUCUGUCAUAAAAAUGUUUUGUACACUCUGUGUAUAUCAUGAAUAAAGACUAAGGGCUCUAUUUUAACAAGGCUAACACAAUGGUACGUUUUAAUGCUGGCAGUGGCGUUAUGGGUUCGGGAUGUCAUGUUCUUGUUAUUUUCACUACCAGAAUUAUUGGCGCAGUAGCUGGCUGUGGUGUGAAAGCUGGGUUUUGAUGAACAAACAUGUUGUUGGUGUGUUGAGGUUUGGCCCCUCACCGGCCAAUCAGAACGUGCCCCAUGACUAAAUAUGUGGUGGCUUCAAGUUGUGUGUUUACGCUAUUUUAUGUGUUAAACCAAAAACAAUGUUUCUAAAUAGGAUCGGGUCAGAAGCUUUAUCUUACACGGCUUCUCGUUCCAUGGCAUUGUGUACACGUGGUCUAAAUGUCUUUACACACAACAUUCUGAUGACUAUACAAAAUACUAGGCUCCUGACAUUUGUAUCGUUGCCUAUGUUUUGAGAAUCAGCCUGCAACAAUCUACCGUUAUGUCAUUAUAGAAGGACUGAAUAGUUCGGAGGAAUGUGGCUUUGGUAAUCAGACGAGGGGUGUUCUUUGAAAAUGGGGAUGGAUAGCCUACUUGAACAAGCUAAAUGCCGGUAUGUGAAUAAUUAAAAAGCAUUAAGGCAAACUAAUUUCAAAGCACUCUGACUAUUUAAAAUGGCUUCAUUCAUACUAAUUUUGGCUAAUGGCCAUUGCAUGGGCGGUAAGCUGUUUUUACAUUUUAGUCAUUUAGCAGAUGCUCUUAUUCAGAGCGACUUACAGGAGCAAUUAGGGUUAAGUGCCUUGCUCAAGGGCACAUCGACAGUUUAUUUUACCUAGUCGUCUCGGGGAUUCAAACCAGCAACCUUUCAGUUACUGGCCCAACACUCUUAACCACUAGGCUACCUGCCACUCCACCUGCUUUUUGAGGGUCUUCAACUAAUGUGCGUUUGAUGCUUGCACCUUAACACCAGCCAACAAUCGAAACCUACGAGAUUCAGACAUAUGUUCAUUCUUUUCUGAAAUGUAUUUUUAUAUGAAUCUUAACAAUGAGCUGCUUAACACCUUCGUUAACAUAGUGCCAAAUAGUUUCAAAUGCUUAUUUCAUUGUAAGAAAUUAGCAUAUUUUAAAGAAAAAUUGGAGGCAUUUUUCAGUUGAGAAUAUUGAAUUACAGUCGACUAGAAGAGUUUGCUGUUAUACGACCAAAUACUAUUUGAGAUUUGCACAAUAGGCCCUCUACUUGUGACAAACUUAUACAAUGUUGUAGACUUAUAGGAUGGAUGAGCCGGUGAAGAGGAUUUUGCUACACAGAACAUACAAAUCAAUAAUAUCCCUCUAUCUGGUUAGCGCACACAAUUCAUGCACAGGUGUUUGUACUGGUCAUUGUAACUGGCCAACUGUUUGGUCUAACUUUCAUAGGGUACUAGCAAUUGAAAUUGUUUACAUGUUACAUUGCUGCAUUUAAAUAUGUGCUUUGUGUUUCUACUGUGGUACAAUCAAUGGUAACAUCUUUAAUGUGCUCAUAUUUGAGUCAAUUUAUAUUUGUUACAUUUUAUAUUUGUUACGUUAAUUUCGGGAGAAAUAAACACUUGUUUACUAAAAUAUCCAAUUUUUAUUUUUAAGUGAAAACAGAUCUCAAUUAAUGGUGUCUUGAUUGAGUGUUCUUACGUUAUGAACAGAACUACUAUCAUGCUCUGAGGAGUGCUUUGUAAUGGCUUAAUUUUCGAGCCUAGUCGUCAUGCUUGGAUAAUGUUCUGUUACCACUCUAACCGAUGUUGACUUUUUCUGAGGCAAGACAUAUUUUUGCUCUCAUUUCACUGUAAGACGAACAGGAAAUUCUCAUUGUCUCUAUAACGUCCUAUUCAUAACUUUUAGUUAACCAUUAACACUUCACAAAUCAAAAUGGCCCCCGUGUUUCUAAGUACAUUCCACUGUAUUUAAAAAAACAAAAAAAAGUACUGUCUUCAGUAAAUGAUGCAUGCUUGCCUUAUGUUAGUUUUUUUUUUUUUUUUUUUUUUCAUUUGAAGGAAUGUGGAACCACGGUCCAAUGCCACAAUGCUUUGUCCAUGUAUGUUUACAUCCUCAUUCUUAAACAUAACUAUUUUGUUUUAAAGAUGCCUGCUCAGUGAAUAUUGUAAAUCACACUCCGUCCCUUUAUAACAGUUGCUGUUUGUAAACAUGUGUUAUGGUUUGUUUGUCUUCUGAAAAUACAAUGUUUUAUAAUGACCAAUGAACAUAUUUAUAAUUCAGUCAGUUACCAUUCUUAGAAAAUCUAUGGCCAAGUGCUCUUUCACUCAGAUGAUGUGAGAAUCACUGUAAUCCAUUCUAUUGUUACAACGUUAUUACAUUCAGCAGAUGACUUUUUGAAAUAUGGCAUACUGCUUCCACCAACUUUAAUGUUUGUACCCAGAUGUGCCAGUCUGUUUCUGCUUUCUUGUAAACUCCUUAGCGAGUUGGCAUUUAUUGUCAUGAAUCUUGACCUGGAGGCAGCUAUGCUGUGGUCACUAGCUAGCAGUCAUAAAAUCUGAUGUUAAACAACCACACUGCUAACCCUAAUCUUAAAUUACAACCAGGGCAAGAUUCAUUUAAUAUAUAUAUUUCACCUUUAUUUAACCAUUUGCAACUGCAACCUCGCCAAGAUAAAGCAAAGCAGUGUGACACAAGACAACAGCACAGAGUUACACAUGGAGUAAACAAUAAACAAGUCAAUGACACAGUAGAAAAAAUAAAGUCUAUAUACAGUGUGUGCAAAAGGCAUGAGGAGGUAGGCAAUAAAUAGACCAUAGGAGCGAAUAAUUACAAUAUAGCAGAUUAACACUGGAGUGAUAAAUGAGCAGAUGAUGUGCAAGUAGAGAUACUGGUGUGCAAAAGAGCAGAAAAGUAAAUAAAACAAAACCAGUAUGGGGAUGAGGUAGGUAGAUUGGGUGGGCUAUUUACAGAUGGACUAUGUACAGCUGCAGCGAUCGGUUAACUGCUCAGAUAGUUGGUGAGGGAAAUAAAAGUCUCUAACUUCAGUGGGUUUUUUUUUUUUUUUUGCAAUUCGUUCCAGUCACUGGCAGCAGAGAACUGGAAGGAAAGGCGGCCAAAUGAGGUGUUGGUUUUGGGGAUGAUCAGUGAGAUAUACCUGCUGGAACGCUACGGGUGGGUGUUAUCGUGACCAGUGAACUGAGAUCAGGCGGAGAUUUACCUAGCAUGGACUUAUAGAUGACCUGGAGCCAGUGGGUCUGGUGACUAAUAUGUAGAGAGGGCCAGCCGACUAGAGCACACAGGUCGCAGAGGUGGGUGGCAUAAGGUGAUUUGGUAACAAAAUGGAUGGCACUGUGAUAGACUGCAUCCAGUUUGCUGAGUAGAGUGUUGGAAGCUAUUUUGUAGAAGUCGAGGAUCGGUAGGAUAGUCAGUUUUACUAGGGUAAGUUUGGAGGUGUGAGUGAAGGAGGCUUUGUUGCAAAAUAGAAAGCCAAUUCUAGAUUUGAUUUUUGGAUUGGAGAUGUUUAUAAGUCUGGAAGGAGAGUUUACAGUCUAGCUAGACACUUAGGUAUUUAUAGUUGGCCGCAUAUUCUAGGUUGGAACUUCCAGGGUGGUGAUGCUAGUCGGGUGGGCGGGUACGGGCAGCGAACGGUUGAAAAGCAUGCAUUUGGUUUUACUAGCGUUUACGAGCAGUUGGCCAUGGAAGGAGUGUUUGUAUGGCAUUGAAGCUCGUCAUAACCCUAAACGUCAACCUGCAACUCCUGGAAUUGUCAUGCUAAACAUUGUUUGUCAGUAUGGAGUAGACAAGGGCACAUACAUACCUGGGUCCAGGCUACAGACUUUGUGUCACAAAAUUUUGACAAAAUGUAACACUUAAUAGUAGGUGUAUAUCUCACCUAGUUUGUUAAUUUGCAUUACUUUGAUUUAACAGUUAUAAAGUGUCUCAAGGUGUACCACACAUUCUUGCACCUGCUCCUUUGUUGACAAUCUGUUUUGAUGAUGGUGAUCUAUAGCAUAAAUAAAAUAUCUAUUUUCAUUGUU